UUCACAUAAAAUGACACCGGUACAUCAUCUGGAAUAGGCAAGCAAAUUAUUAUUUUGUUAAUAAACUAUUAUAACAAUUGCUAAUUCAUUCCAGUCAAGGUUCUCGAGUAUAUUGCCCGUAUGGACCCGAAUAAUUUCCACAUUCAGCUAUUUAAUAUAAUGACUGUGCACACAGUUAAGGUUUGGAUUGAUUCGGCUAACUGCUUCUGGUUCGUUUUUCUGGGCCCAACAUACAGGGAGAAUAAUAUCAACGAUACCGCUAACUCGCACGCGAGACACCUUGCUCCACAGGUGCACAACCAAUCGGGUGUCUGGAAUCCUGUGACGCGGGCGGCGCAAUUUCCCUGUGGAUCUGCGCGAGAAGGAGGCUCCAUAACUUUCUGUUAAGUGAAUUCUGGGAAGGGCAACUAUGCCCACGUACGUGUUACUAGAACUGUGCGAAAUGCGAAGAGGUUUAUAACAAAUUGUACAUUACAAUACUUUUCUCCGGAGGACGUCGUUCGCACUGCGGUCACAUUUGUAAAAUGAUGCGCUUCCUGCUCCUGUUCAGCCGGCAGGGGAAGCUGCGGCUGCAGAAGUGGUUCACGCCGCUGCCCGAGCGCGAGAAGAAGAAGAUCGUGCGCGACAUGACCACCCUGGUGCUCUCCCGCAAGCCUCGCACCUGCAACUUCCUGCACUGGAGGGACCUGAAGGUGGUCUACAAGAGGUAUGCUAGCCUCUACUUCUGCACUGCUCUGGAAGGUGAGGACAAUGAGCUUCUGGCCCUGGAGGUCCUGCACCGCUACGUGGAGCUGCUGGACAGAUACUUUGGCAAUGUGUGCGAGCUGGACAUCAUUUUUAAUUUCGAGAAGGCCUACUUCAUCCUGGAUGAGUUCCUCAUGGGCGGCGAGGUACAGGAGACCUCCAAGCAGUCCGUGGGCCAGUCCAUCGAGGCGUCAGACAUGCUGCAGGAGACAAUGGAGGAGUACAUGAGCAAGCCGGCCUUUUGAGUGGGGAGAGGGAGGAGCAGCGCGUCACCACCGAAGGGCCACUGGACUGAAGCGGGGAAAUCGACCCAAAAUGGAGCGCCUCGCAUCUUAAGGAAAAGAGACAUAUGAAAGCGAAAUCCUGGUGUCUUGUUGUAGAUAACAGAAUGUUGUUACCGCGAAUGUUGUUAUUUUGGCUUCAGUUUUUUUUUUUUUUUUUUUUUUUAAUACACGUAAAGGCUGAUUCAGAUUUUUUUUUUUUUUUUUUUAAAGUUAUCAGGCUUCGUCACAAUCGCCGUGAGUCGGUUUCGAUCCCUCUCACAGGACGUUUUGUGUUAACCGAUUUUUUUAGAAAGUCUGCCGACUGCUGCUGUCAUCUCAGACCUUAAAGGUCAAAGGUCAGAUCCGGUUCACACGAGAGGACCCACUCAGCUAACCCAAGGGUCGUUUUAAUUUGUUAAAUGUAAUUUUUAAGGUCGAUCUUGUAGUCUUUAAUCGUUUUUUUUCCCUUUCAAAAACCGUCAGCUGCUCCUAAUGGGUUUAAGAUGACAAUCAGGUUCAGGACAGUGGGCCCAGUCUUUCAGAAAUGUAUUAGUAUGUUUUCUGUAAAUAUUUGUUCGUUCUCGUCCGGUUUAAUCACCGGAAAAUUAAUUUCUGUCGGCCUCUCUGCCCAAGUACGCGCCUGGCAAGUGCUGCGGGUAACCAUACAAGUGGUUACAGGUAAUAUUGAUUAUUAUAGUUGUUGUCGAUAUCAUUAUCACCAUUGAUAUCCGAGUCAUGACGUGUGUACUUUCCAACUGUCGGUUUGUGAAUUUUUUUAAUCAACCUCAAUUUUUCAAUAAAGCAUUUUGCUAGUUUUUUUUUUU